CCAGAAUCUAUAUCCAGUCUAUGUACACUGCUAACUCUCGGUGUAUAUUUUUCGCAAAAAUAUAACAAAUGCCGGCAACAGCAGGCAACAAGAACAAACCUUGUAAAGUCCCAAGUUGACAUAACUACAUACAUAACCAAACAGUAAUCAAAUUGACAACGCCGUUAACGAGUUGUGUUUAACAGAAGUCGAAACAAAAAGAAUGACAACGGUUCCUCCGGUGAAACCCCCUAGGGGAAUCAAACAUGCCAAAGAAACUAGUGGUUCGUUAAUGUCAGUCAUCCGUGCUCUCUCAGCAAGCGAAACAAAUGAACAUAGGGAAAUUGAAAAAGCAAAGUUGGAGAAGGAGUAUAAGCGAUGUGACCAACGCCUCGAUGAAUUGGUAUCAAUUCAUGAUCAUGACCUCACUAAAGUUAUGGAGAUAUUUACCUCGUUAUCAGAAAGAGUCACUACUUCUCGAGAAAAGAUACAUGCUGUAAAGGAGAAUCUGAAUGCAUUCAAACAACUUCUCAGGUGUAGACGGGAAGAACUUAUGAAACUGUGGUUGGAAGGUGUAGAGCACAAACACGUUUUGCAAUUAUUAGAUGAAAUAGAGCAACUACGAGAGGUUCCUUCUCGAUUAGGCCACUACCUUAAUAAAAAGUUAUAUCUUCACGCAACUCAAUUGUUAGUUUCUGCAUCAUCAAUGGGGACAGGUAGUUUGGAAGGUGUCGAAGCUCUUCGUGAAGUAAGAAUGGAAUUGAAAACUAGAAGACAGCAAUUACAUGUAAAAUUAAUGGAAGAGCUAAGAAAGCAUCUAUACAUUGAAUCAACACGUGAAAUAUCAUUUAGAAGACAAGGUUCAGGCAAGGACUUCCUGAGAGGAAAUGAAAUCCGCAAUUCUCGGGGAUAUAAAACAAAACGGGCCCUUCUUGAUGUUCCAUCGACUUUUCCUUCAAAUCAAAUAUCUAGGAGAUCCAGCAAUAUAAAUUUGGAAGAUCUUGAUAACAUUACCGAAAACGAUGACUCCUCCAAUCCAGAAGAUAAUUCAGGACAUUUUUUAGCUAUUGUUAUCGAGUGCGUUGCAUUACUGAAUAAAGUUCCGGAAGCAGUAGAGGCAAUAAAGGUGCAGAUGCAAUCUGAACUAUUGAACAUUAUAGCACAAAUAUCGAGAGAAACAUUGAAAUCGGCCUCUAAUUUAAUAACAACGAACAAGAUUAUACCAGUUCAAACUACAGCAAUAAAUGGAAUUAAAACUUCACGAAAUCAAUCCGUGUUGCUGGAAUUACUGCAGACAAUAUUUGAGCACUUUCGAUUAAUCGCUGCAGCCCAUUCAACGGCCCUACGUUGCUUCUCAAAUGCCGUUAAGAAGUACAACAUAGAUAUACGUUUGUACGAAUUGGCUGAUGUGUGGAGUAAAAUGCAAGCAGUGCUGCAAUUACUGUUAACCGAGUACCUAGAUAUACAAAAUAUGGUAGACGAUCCAUUUCAGUCGUCGUCUACUCUUGUAGAACCUACUAGUGAUAUAAACGCAUUUUUUGCGAAACGGAAACCACAACGUCAAAAGACUAGUCUCUUGUUUAAGUUUGACUCGUCUUCUCAUCCUAAGACACUCAACAGUUAUCUACAAGAACAUAGAUACAGUAGUUUCGCUCUGACCGAAAAUGGCCAUUCAAUUGCCAGUAAAAAAUUGGUUUGCGAACCAGACCCAAAUAAUAUUAUUGUUGUAUUCAAGCCAAUGAUGCAAUUUAUAGAAGACACUGAACGAGUAUUGGGAUGCAGUACAGGGAAUCCGUCUACAUUAAGUUGUUUCUUGGCCGAUUAUGUAAAGGAAGUUUAUUUAGGACGACAUCACGUAUUAGUAGCUACGACGAUCGAUGCGGCUACAAAAAAUUCAGAUGCCUGGCGUGCCACAACAAGUUCCGAAGUUAUGAAGGAACUCGGAUUAUCUAGGCCACUACUGCAGAGCACUGUUAAGGUACAGCAGUGCGUUACUGAGUUGCGCUCUCUUAUGAUAGCACUUCCUUUACAAGGAGAACAUUUCUGUACUCUUGUAUUAAAUGUACUUCACAAUUAUCGAGAGACCUGCCAGACCGCUUAUCGUGGAAUCGUGCAUCCAGAAAGCGAGGAUAAAAAAAUUUGUUCCGCUGCAUGGUUAAAGGAUGAUGAUAUUAGCCGGUUCAUCAAGUCACUGCCAAAUUGGACGACAAUGAAAAGUGAAGCACGCAUUUAUCGUGACGUUAAUCGCCGCUCUAUACGCCGUCAGGAAACUCAGGACGAGGAAAGUCCCGAGGAGGUUCGCCAACGAAACAUGAGAGAAGCUGAAAUUUUAGCAAGCAAUUUGGGUGAAGGUGGAAUCAAUUCAAACGAAAUCCUAUCGGAUAUCGAUCAGUUACGCAGUUUGGCCCUUUUGCAAGAGAGCAUGGAAUGGUUUGCUCAAUCGAUACGAUCGUUUAUCUUCGAAUUGCGCCAAGCUAGCGCCGGGGGAGAUGUGCAAAUUCUUUUACCACCAAUGCCAGCUUCACUUGUCGAUUCCCUCGCACAAGUAGCCGACGAAUACGACGAGUUGGCAAAUACGUGUAUACUUCUCUUACACCUGGAGGUAAGAGUACAAUGCUUCUAUUACCUACUUCCUCGAGGAGAAUACAGCUAUCUGUACGGAGGUUCCAGAGAUCCGCAAGAAGCAGAUCCGAGGGUCGAAGAAUUGAGUAGAAUUCUGCAACACAUCGACGAGGCGUUACAAUCAGCUUUACAUCCGAAGAAAACUAAGUAUAUUUUCGAAGGAUUGGGUCACCUAAUAGCCAAGAUCCUUAUAACGUCCGCACAAUACAUAGCGAAGAUAGAUAAGAGCGGGAUACAGAGAAUGUGUAGGAACAUCUUUAUACUCCAGCAAACGUUGACUAAUAUCACAAUGACCCGAGAAUUAGCGUUAGACUAUGCACGUCAAUACUUCGAGCUCUUCCAUGAAACACCGGAUGAAAUUUUAAACGGUGUACUAGAAAACGGGCCACAGUUCUCGGAACUGGAAUACAUGAAUGCCUUUCAAUUAAUGUCAAGAAGUCAAGCAGAACACGCGGUAAUAAGUAGACACCUAGAAAAAUUGUCCGAGAUUUUAGGUGACAUAGGUGUUACCGUGUAAAGUAAUGUCCAUAGUAGUUUCUACUAAACGUAUCGAAUCUGACAAUUACAUUGGGAAACACUUUGGUGGCUACCAUCACAAAUGUUUUAAUCACUGGUUCGUUUUUGUACAAACGUUGCGUUUUAAUCGAAUGUAAACAUUGACGAAUUGCCGAAUUAUGUACUUUUGUAGAUUGUGAUAAAACGUGCCUCUCUGAAGUUGCCUAGCAGUUUCAUGAUUAUCAUUUAUAUUUAGAAAGUAUCUAAUUAUAUGUAUACAACUCGAAUCAUUUCCUUAAGUUCGCUUAUUUAUUUUAACUUUAAAGGAAUGUUAUUCAGCAUGGACACUAAUCCAAGUAUCUGUAUCAAUGGUUGGAACAAAAGGUUUCCAGAACCAAGAUUCAUGUAAUUUAGAAGAUCGUCAACUAUAAAUUGUUAAUAAAGGUUUAUUUAUUUGUAA